AUGCGGCUCCCAUCACCACCACUCCUCCCCUUCCUCCUCCUCCUCCUCAGCUAUGCCUCCCUCCUCCCCUCCGCUACAGCAACCCGACUCAUCGAAACGCACGCCCUCGACAUCGUCAAACCGGGCAACUUCUCCGCAACCCUCUUCUCCGCCGUCUUCACCCCCGACAAUACAACCGCCGCGCUCCGCCUCGUCGGCGACACCAAGAUCACCGGCAACGUCACGGCGCGAAUUCUCCUCUUCGCAUACGGCUACCAGGCGACCAACGAAACGGUCAACCCAUGCAAGGUCAAGGCCCUCAAGGGCUUCUGCCCGAUGAACGCGGGACCCCUCGAACUCACCAUGAGCAAUAUACCCAUCGCGAAGAAGACGCUAGGGUCGAUUCCGUCGAUCGCGUAUUCGAUUCCGGAUCUCGACGCUAUCGUUAAGAUUUCUGUCAAGUCGCUGAAGACCGGUGAGGAGACGACGGUUGUACAGGCUGCGCUGUCGAAUGGGAAGACGGUGUACCAGGCGGCGGUGGGGUGGAUCGUUGCGGUGUUUGCUGGGAUCGGGCUGAUUGUUUCUGUCGUCGUGCCGAUCAUCUGGGGAUAUUCGGAUGCUGCGGUGAGGCUGGCGGGUUAUAUGUUUUCGCUGUUUGGGUUUGUGCAGGAGCAGGCGAUGCUUGGUAUGCUUGCGGUUCCGAUGCCGCCGAUCGUUCAGUCGUGGACGCAGAACUUCCAGUGGAGUAUGGGGGUCGUCCAUGCGGAUUUCCUGGAGAAGGUUUGCACCUGGUAUCAGCGGUCGACGGGGGGGACUGCUGAUCAACUCAUGGAGACCAUGUCGACUCACAUGGUCCAUGUCUUGAGGAAACGGGACGAGGGCACCGCCCUUGCAAAGCGAGCAGACUCGGAGACGUCAACUUCCACCGACGUCGUCGUCCGCGGUCUGUCUCGCGUCGCGUUCCGCGCCGGAAUCGAGCAAACGAACCUCUUCCUCACGGCGUUCGUCCUAUUCGGAUUCAUCACCGUCAUCACCGUAGUCCUGAUCUCGCUCUGGAAAGCUGUCCAAGUGCACCCUCGCCUCCGAAGCCCGUUGCCCUAUUGGAACAGUAUGUCCAAGGGCAUCCUGCAUCGAAUCUACUUCCUGGCCUUCGCGCCGAUCUGCAUCUUUUGUCUCUGGGAGCUCACGCAGCGCGACUCCCCCGCCGAAAUACUUCUCGCCAUCGUCACCUUUCUUUUCGUCGUCGGAGCCCUGGUAUGGGCCGUUGUGCAGGUUCUCCUCACACGGAGCCGCGCUCUGGCUAUGCAUCGCCACCCGGUCUCGUCUCUAUUCUCCGACCCGGUCGCCCUACACAAAUACGGCUUUCUAUACGUACACUACAACAGAGACGCGUCAUAUUUCUCCGCGGUAACGCUUGGGGGCAUCUUCGUCAAAGCCCUCUUCAUCAGUUUCGCUCAGUCCUCGCUAAAGACGCAAGCCAUUGCAUUCCUCAUCAUCGACACCUCCAUGCUAAUAACAGUAUGUAUCCUCCGGCCCUACGUCGACAGGCAAAGCAACGCCGUGAACAUCACAGCCGCAUCAAUAACCUUCCUGCACUCCAUAUUCAUCCUCUUCUUCUCCAACAUCUUCAACCAACACCGGAUGGUCUCGAGCGUCAUGGGCGUCAUCCUCUUCGUCAGCAGUGCAGCCAUGAUCUUGGUUCUGCUGGGGUUCAUGGUGAUGUAUGUGGUGAAGACGGGGUUGGCGGUUCGGAACCGCGAGAAACCGUAUCGGCCCAUGUCGGAGGUUUCGGAUGGGGGCGUCGGGUUAAGGUCUUCGAGUGGACUUGUCAAUGGGGAUGCGGCGAGGGAGUUGGAUGACUUGGGGGCGACGGCGAGGGGGGAGGCGAAGCGGUCGUCGAUUCUCUAG